AUGUAUUAUCAAUUCAAUUCGACGGCCGAAAUUCAGUCGGACGACCGGAAAUGGGCGGCCAUUUUGCUGGUUCUGGUGAGCCGAAAAGUGACGUCACAGCUCUUCAUCGGAUGACUUUCAGAUAAGUUGCGUGGGCGGAGGGAUCAACGCGUACAUCGCCUCCGGAUUCAUGUUCGGAAUUCGCUUCCGUGGCGGCUUCUUCAUCUUUUCCGUCUCCAAAACAUGCUCGAACAUUUUGACGAGCUCACUCGUGUUCUUCUGGAUGGUUCCAGCGGUGUUCGCGAACAGCAAUCUGGUGACCGACCACUUUAAUAUCAUUCUGAGCCAACUUUUGCUUUUCGGACUUUAUAUUCAAGGUAUCGAUGUAUGUGCCUGGAACUAAAGUGACUAAACGGUUUCAGGCAACUUGACCCAAUGUUUCCUUUCCGUAAACCGCUUCGCUACAAUCUGUUUCAUGGGCGGUAACAAACGGAAGAACACGGAUCUGAUCUCUUUGGGAAUCUUCUCGUCCUGGUUCGCGACGAUCCUCUGGACCCUCAUGGGCUACCCGGAAUGCACGUGUUCCUUCUCGACCCAGUCGCUCACAUUCCAAUUUCACGACGAGUGCCACGUGGCCAACUACCAGCUCCAGGUGUACUGCGCAUUCGUGCUCAUGAUGGUCGCCAACAUGCUCAACACCAUUUCCUUUCUCAUUAUUAUUUGCGGCGGAGCGGUGAGCGACUAG